GUCCAACGGGGCGCGGAACGUCAGUGCGCGAGCGCGGGAGGCGCCCCGCGGACGGAUGGCGCCCCGUGCGCGUCCUCUGCGUCCUUGCGCGUUUGCCAGCGCCUGGCUGCCCGGCGCCUCCAAGGUCCAGUGUUGCGCGGGGCCCGGAAGCCCGCGGACGUGUCACGAUGAGCCUGACCCAGAACCUGCGGGAGGUGAUGAAGGCCAUCAGCGGGGUCCCCGGUUUUGACAAAGUUUUGGAAAAGGUGACGCUGGUCUCGGCGGCUCCUGGGAAGGUGACCUGUGAGCUGAGAGUGGAGGAGGAGCACACCAACAAGCUGGGCACGCUCCACGGGGGGCUGACGGCCACACUGGUGGACAGCAUCUCGACCAUGGCUCUGCUCUGCACGGAGAGGGCCCUGCCGGGCGUCAGCGUGGACAUGAACAUCACGUACAUGUCGCCGGCGAAAAUAGGCGAAGUGGUGGUGAUCACAGCACAGAUCCUCAAGCAAGGGCGGACGCUGGCCUUUGCCUCCGUGGACCUGACCAACAAGACGACCGGGAAGCUGGUCGCUCAGGGCAGGCACACCAAGCACCUGGGGAGCUGAGGACAAAGGCCUCCCCCAAGGCGGGGGUCGAGUGGGGCGACUUCAUGUACCUCCCUAAUAAACCAGCACAACCAGCAGCAGCCGAGAAAUAGUGUUUUCAGGGGAAAGAACAGAGACCCUGUGGGACAGUGGGUGGCUCCUUUUUUCCCCUUAAAUCAUAAGCCUCUUCAGUGUUAGCCUGUAACUGUAUGUAUGCUACUGGGAUGAAAAAUUCUUAGCUGUGUUUUGAAAAUGUAGGCAAAGAAACGAACAGGGCCACUUUGAGAUAGGAUUACCUUAAAACUGACUUCUAAUAUUAAGCUAAAGGAGAAACAGAAAUUAAUGGUUAAUCCUUUUCAGCUUUAAAAUGCCGUCUUACAUUUCAUUUUUUAAUUCCAGUUUCGAGAUUAUGGAAUUUCAGCCCUGCCCGGUAGCUCAUUUAGUUAGAGCAUCGUUUCAACAUGCCAAGGUUGUGGGUUCGAUUCCGGUCAGGGCACAUACAAGAAUCAGCCAAUGAAAGCAUAAGUGAGUGGGACCAGUCAGCUUCUCCCUUCCUCUCGCUCU